AUGGCUCUUGAAACAAUGCAUAAAGACUCCUGUAUGUGUUCAAAAUCUGAACUCGAUUUAUUUUCUAUUCCACCGACUCAAGUGGUAAUAGAAAAGGGGUUUUGGGAAGCCGUUGAUCCUAUUACGAGUAUAUCUUCUUCAGAUACGAUAGAAUUUUUAUGUGCUGCAAAUUCUGGUGUUUAUACCGACUUAGCAAGCAGUUGCCUAUACGUUAAAGCAAAGAUCACUACUGCGGCCGGAGGAAAUGUGGAUGCCGACAUUCAAGUUUGA